UUACAUUAAUUUUAUAAUGAAGCAUUAUAUAUUAUCGAAAAGACAUUUAUAUAAAUAUAGUAAAAUACUUAAACGUGGCUUCUCGAGUCAUUGUAACAAAGAAUGGCAAAGUGUCGUAGGAUUAGAAGUGCAUGCCCAGCUAAACACCGAGUCGAAACUUUUCUCUGGUGCUGAAAAUACAUUUGGUGGUUUAGUGAACAACUGUGUGUCAUUAUUCGACGCUGCAAUACCGGGAACAUUGCCUGUUUUAAAUAGAAAAUGUGUAGAACUUGGCGUUCUAACUGCAUUGGCACUUUCAUGUAAAGUAAACGAAGUAUCGACUUUUGACCGAAAACAUUAUUUUUACGCUGAUUUGCCUGCUGGCUAUCAGAUAACACAACAAAGAACACCACUAGCAAACGAUGGCAUUAUUAAUUUUCAGGUAUAUACACCAGGUGUUCACAAGAAGCCAUAUAAUAAGAGUUCAAAAAUAAAACAAAUACAAUUAGAACAAGAUAGUGGGAAGUCUCUGCACGAUGCUGAGUUAAAGAGAAGCCUUGUAGAUUUGAACAGAGCGGGAGCUCCACUUAUUGAGCUUGUCUUUGAACCCGACCUUGAGGAUGGUGAGGAAGCGGCAGCACUAGUAAAAGAACUAGUGUUGAUUGUGCAGAGGCUAGGUGCAUGUACUGGUCGGAUGGAAGAAGGUGCUUUGCGUGUAGAUGCCAAUGUGUCAAUGCAUCAGGCCGGUGAACCUCUGUCUACACGUACAGAGAUUAAAAAUAUAGGUUCAGUGCGCGGCGUGGCGGGCGCAAUCCGUCAUGAAAUAGAACGCCAAAGAUCAAUAUUGGAAGAUGGUGGACGCAUUGUAAAUGAAACUCGAUCCUGGGAUGCUACAGCAAAGAUCACUAUUCCCAUGAGAGACAAAGAAGUUGUACAAGACUACAGAUUUAUGCCCGAACCAAACCUUCCUCCAUUAAGGGUUAACCUCAGAACAAAAGAAGAUAGUCAAGACGUCAUAAGCGUACCACUCAUCAAAGAUAAAAUGCCAGAAUUACCAGAAGAAUCUAGAACAAAAUUAAUAAAACAUUAUGAAUUACGUCCCGAAACAGCAGUGCAGCUUGUGAACGAACCUGUUUUAUUAGAUUUUUUCCAAACCAUUACCUUAGUUAAAGCUAGGAAUCCAACCAAAGUCGCCAAUCUCCUGCUUAAUGAUCUACUGACAGUACUUAAUAAAAGAAAAUUAGACGCUACAUGUUGUCCGUUAACAGUGAACCAGUUAGAGGAUUUAGUUGAUUUGUUAUUAGAUAAGAAAAUAAGUUUAGAUGUAUGCCGUAAAACUAUUGAUGAGCUUCUUGAAGGCACUGACUCGUCCGCUAUGGACAUAAUAAAACAAAAAGGCUGGUUACUAGUAACAGACGAAGCCGAGAUUGUGAACAGUUGUAUCAAAGUCAUAGAAAAUAAUCCUAAAUUAGUCAAACAAUAUAAGGAUGGAAAAACUAAAGUUUUUAAGGCGUUACUUGGAAUUUUAUCCAAAACUACUGAUAAUAAACUUGAUAUGUCAAUAGCUUCCGAAAAAUUGGAGGAAUUAUUAAAGAAAUAAAGCUGAAAAA